AUGUGCGUGUGGGUGCAGGCGGGCGAGCGAGCGGCUUCUACAGUGAGACCGAAGCAGGAGCUCAGCCUUCGCCUGCGACCUGCAAUCCCCAGAUUCCCUGGGGACCUCGAAACUCCGAAUCGGAGGUACUCCCCCCCCACAGCCGCCCACCCAUUCCUUCCCCCCUUACCUCAGCACGCAGCCCCUCCCUGCGUGAUGAUGCAAAACCGUGGGGAGGUGCUGGGCUGUUGGAGAGCUCGAGCUGCAAGCCACCGAGCGCGAGCUCGAGCGCGGCGCGCUGGCCGGGGAACCCAAGAGCGCACGGCGCCCCAAGCUGGCAGGCGCCGCGGGACCCCCAGCCCUCGCCGGCUGCCCUUCCCCGGGCGCCCCUACCCUCCUCGCCCGCAGGAGACCCUGGGCUUCCCCGGAGGAGCUCACCCCAAGGGGCCAGGACUCCGGCGAGCCCGCCACCGUCCCCUCGAGUGCCGCCGCCACCACCGCAGCCGCGGGAGCAGUAUGGUCCAGUUGGGGAAGCUGCUCCGCGCCCUGACUUUGAUGAAGUUUCCCUGCUGCGUGCUGGAGGUGCUUCUGUGCGCGCUGGCGGCGGCGGCGCGCGGCCAGGAGAUGUACGCCCCGCACUCCAUUCGGAUCGAGGGGGACGUCACCCUCGGGGGGCUGUUCCCGGUGCACGCGAAGGGUCCCAGCGGAGUGCCCUGCGGCGACAUCAAGAGGGAGAACGGGAUCCACAGGCUGGAAGCGAUGCUCUACGCCCUGGACCAGAUCAACAGCGAUCCCAACCUGCUGCCCAACGUGACGCUGGGAGCGCGGAUCCUGGACACUUGUUCCAGGGACACUUAUGCGCUCGAACAGUCGCUCACUUUCGUCCAGGCGCUCAUCCAGAAGGACACCUCCGAAGUGCGCUGCACCAACGGCGAGCCUCCGGUUUUCGUCAAGCCCGAGAAAGUAGUUGGAGUGAUUGGGGCUUCGGGGAGUUCGGUCUCCAUCAUGGUAGCCAACAUCCUGAGGCUUUUCCAGGUUGAUGGGCGCUACGGGAUAAGGAAAAGGAUGUGACGCUCACUGAAGAGGCUUGGGUUGGGAGUGCUGGAGGAGUGUACAGGUGGGGAAAAUGUACCAGCGUGUAUGCCUACUGGGACCACGUUUUCCAGAACAGUUAAGCCCAGUGUCAACUGUGCUGUCCCACCUUCCUCUUCCAGAAAUGACGUCUGCUGAAGGAGAACAUGUUCUAGCAAUGAAAUCUUCAAAAGACUCCUGCCGCUGCUCUGUGACUGCGACCCCCAGGUUGUCUUUGGAAGUUUCUAAGGCCUCCUGAGUAGAGACUGGAACAUGGAAGGAGUCGAGAGGCAAAGGAAUCCCAGCAUCACCUGUAAUUUUCUGAAACUGGAGGGAAAGACAAAAGACAAGACAAAAAUUCAGUGAUGAACAAAGCCAACCAUUAAAAAGUAGAGUUCAAAACUUCAA